UGUCAGGCAUGAGCGCGGAUGCCGUAGCGAUACAUUAGAGCUUUAUUGAACCCGUCGCGUCCGUCCUGAGCUCCUUUUCAGACCCAACAGCUCCAGUAAACGUCCGAAACCGUGCGGUUCAGGGAGCUGUCAGAAUCAGAAAAAAGAGAGGAACAUCAGAAAUGGAAGUCACACCAAAAGCUGUUUAAAACAGAGGCGUCGUACAGAAGGAGAUGAAGACUGUGUACUGUUUUGUGGGUGUUUGAUGACCCCAGGCCUGGGGGGUCAUGGCAGGGCGUGGCUGCAGAGCAGGCCGAGCUGCGAGGAGGCGGCGGCGUAAACGUGAUGGCAGCAUCCAGCCUGAGUCUCUGAGUCACCAGCUGAGGUACGUGAGGCUGAUGAAGUUCCUUCACCAGCGGGGCUUCACCUCCACCCCGCUGCAGCCCGCCCUGUUCUCUGACACAGACAGAGGACUGCAGGCUCUCCACGCCAUCCAGCCAGGUGGGAUGCUGGUCUCACUGCCGGAGUCCUGCCUCCUCACCACCUCCACAGUUCUGCUCAGCUACCUGGGACCGUUCUUAAAGAGGUGGAAGCCCCCCCCUUCCUCCCUCGUGGCUCUUUGUGUCUUUCUGGUGUGCGAGCGGCACAGAGGCGAGGCCUCCGAUUGGUUCCCAUACAUAGACGUCCUCCCCCAGUCCUACAGUUGCCCCCCUUAUUUCACGGACAGCGUGAUGGCUGUCCUGCCCUCUGGGGUUCGGAGGCGCGCUGAGGAGCAGAGGGAGAUGGUGCGACACCUCCACGCCUCCCACCAGGACUUCUUCAGGUCCCUGCAGCCAGUUCUGACCCGCCCAGCUGAGGAGGUGCUGACAUAUGAAGCUCUGAGGUGGGCCUGGUGCAGCAUCAACACCCGCUCCGUCUUCAUGACCCCCCCAUCCAGCAGCUUCCUGUCUGGACCCGAUAACUACGCUUUAGCUCCGUUUCUUGACCUGCUGAACCACCGCCCGGAUGUGCAGGUGAAAGCGGGUUUUAAUCGGGCCACAGGAUGCUAUGAGGUCAGAAGCCUCUCUGGAGUCCAGCGUCAUCAGCAGGCUUUCAUCAACUACGGUUCUCAUGACAACCAGCGCCUCCUGCUGGAAUACGGCUUCGUCUCCUCCUGCAACCCUCACAGUGUCGUCUAUGUAGAAGAAGAUCUGCUCUGUGAAGCUUUCCGGGGGGGCCAAAGCCUGGAUGAGAAGGUCCUGUUUCUCAGAGAAAACCAUUUUCUGGAUAACCUGACGGUGUCUGAUGAAGGUCCCGGCUGGAGGCUCCUCGCCGCCCUCAGGCUGCUCUCGCUGCCCCCACUACCAUGUCGGCACUGGAGGACGGUGCUGCUGGGACAGACGGCCGGUGAGGAGGAGGAGCGCAGCGUUCUGACCGCUCAGACGCUGUGUGAACGUCUGUUGAAGGAAACGAGGAGGUCUCUGCAGGAGAUCUCCCGCCUCCUCCAGAACUGUGAGCAGCCAAUCAGGGAGCAGCUAGAAGUGGUUAUGUCGUUGCGGAGGGAGGAGAGGAGCAUCCUGGAAAACUGCCUGGAGGCUCUACAGUCUACGGUUGAGAUCUGAGGUGUGACGGAGCAGACGUCCUGCAGAUUCUGCUGGAGCUCCACGUUUGACGCGGAUCCUGAAACGCUCAGCUGAUGCUGUCAUCUAAUGAAGCCAGAAACAACUUCAAAGAUCAAACAAAGAAUUUUCCAGAACUCAAGAUUUUAAUAAAAAAAAUCGAAUUUUA